AUGUCUGAGUUUACCAAUCUGGAGGACCCGGAGGUGCAGCCCGGAGACGAGGCCUUGAGCCGCUGUAACGGCCUGCUGCCUGCCGACCUGUCUGCUUUUGUGGUGGCCCCACCCACACCUCUGAGGGAGAACUCUUGUCCCCGCCCACCCCCUCCCCCUGAAGGCGUGGUCAUCAGCGAGGUGGGAGGUGCCCGGUGGACCAACCACAGCCAGCAGAGGGGGUUUGUGGAGCUGCUAGGACCGCCCCUGACUUCUCUACAGGGCCUGGUCCUGACCGUGUUUGAAGAGUAUCGCGCCGGUACGACCAUGGCCCUCCCUCUGACCGGAAUCACAGACCAUAACGGCUUCUACCUCAUCGGGAACAUCUCAGGAGCAGACCAGGUGUUUCCGAAGGGGGCCACAAUUCCGGCCAAUGGGGCCGUAGUCCUGUGUUCUGACACAGUCACUGUGUGUAGAGCUGGUACCACCCUAACCAACAGCACUCUUCGUGACACGCUAGUGUUCAGUGAUGACCUGAGAUUGCUAAUUAAACUCUCCGCCACCAGAGGGCAGCAGGUGAUGCCUGUACUCAGGUCAGUGGAGGAUAGUCCCGUGUCUCUCAGCCGUUGCUCCUGCUGCGAGGCAAGAAGCCCCUCCUCCUGGACCAGCUCCUCCCCCACCCCGCGCCUGACCAACAUCUGCCCCAGCCCCGCUUUCUCCAGCGACCUCGACCUAUGCCUGGCUCCCCUCUCCGGUGAUUGGCAGGAGCACCCAGGAAACUGCAGUGGACUGGUGCAGGGUCACAGUGAGAUGGAUGUCGCUGGCUAUCUGGAGGAAAGAUGUCACUGUGGUAUCUCUGCCCUCUACCUGCAGGUGGCCAACUUCUCCUGUGUGGCCGGGUGGCUCCAUGUGCUGGGGAACAUCCAGGCCCUGUCGGACCACCAGAGGGCCCUCAUCCUCCAGACCUCCCCCACCCAGGGGGACACCUGUACCGACCCGGCUACCGACCGACGCAUGAGCACAGAGUCUGCCCUGGGCCUGCAGAUUGGCCUGGUGCUAGGAGCUCUACUGCUACUGGGGCUGGGAGCAGCCCUCUUUACCUACUUCUACAAAAAGAGGCAACCACUGGACUAUUACUCCAUGGAGUUGAAUGAACCUGAAGAGGGACCUUCAGAACUUUAAGUGUGUGUGUAUGUGUGCAUGUGAGGGAGCAUUUUUUAGCUCUGAGUGAAGUCCUGCCUGCCUAUUUUAAAUUUUUAAACAUUGUAUUCUUCUGUCUGUGUUUUUGAAUAGGGAUCUCCCACUAGAUAAGGGACCAGCGCCAUUUUUGUUAAUGUGUACGAAUUACCAUCCUUUUACAUUCCUUCCAUCAUAAUUGUGGUCCUCUGUAGCUCAGCUGGUAGAGCACGGCGCUUGUAA